AUGACAACUAGCCCAAACGUAAAUUAUCCUUUAUCAAUUUUCUCGUGGAAUGCCAAUGGUCUCAGACAACACAUAAAUGAACUCCAGCACAUCCUAUCAGAAACAAAUGCCGACAUUGCACUCAUUUUCGAAACUCAUUUCACCCAAACACCUGCGCGAAAAUCUACGGCUUCAAUGCCUACUUCUCAUGUCACCCUGAUGGCACGGCUCACGCAGGUGCCGCAAUUUACAUCAAAUCAAACAUAA